GGGCGUGUGGCAGCCACGCACCCAUCCUCAUCCAUCGACCGAUCUCACCUGCACACUCCCCCUUGGCCUCCUCCAGUCCUCGAUCGACGAUCGGCUUGCUUGCUUCCUCUCGGUGAUCCAUUAAUUCCCAUGGACCCUCACCUCAGCUCCCAGGUCCACGCGACGGCGGCGGCCGCAGCCUCGGCCUUUCCGAAUGGUAAGAAGGUGGAGAGUGACGUGCUGCCGCCACCAGGGGUUGUCAUCCUCGACGUCGAGGCGGGUGCGCCGACGAACGCGGCCGGCGUGGCCGAUCCGCGCGACGUCGACGACGGGGACGACGCCGGCGUCGACUACAUGGCCCGCGCGCAGUGGCUCCGCGCGGCCGUCCUGGGCGCGAACGACGGGCUCGUCUCCGUGGCCUCCCUCAUGAUCGGCGUCGGCGCCGUGAGCGCGACGCGCAAGGCCAUGCUGGUGUCCGGCCUGGCGGGGCUCGUGGCCGGCGCCUGUAGCAUGGCCAUCGGCGAGUUCGUCUCCGUGUACGCGCAGUACGACAUCGAGGUCUCCCAGAUCAAGCGCGACGGCGGCGGCGAGGACGAGGAGGAAGGCGCCAGGGACAGCCUGCCGAGCCCGACGCAGGCCGCGGUCGCGUCGGCGCUGGCGUUCGCGUUCGGCGCGCUCCUGCCGCUGCUGGCGGGGGUGUUCAUACCGUCGUGGGCCGCCAGGGUGGCCGCGGUGUGCGCCGCGACCAGCGUCGGCCUGGCCGGGUUCGGCGUGGCGGGCGCGUACCUGGGCGGCGCCAGCAUGCUGAGGUCCGGACUGAGGGUGCUCCUGGGCGGCUGGUUCGCCAUGCUCGUCACCUUCGGCGUGCUCCGGCUGUUCGGGACGGUGUUCCACAUACAAGUCUCGUCGGCGUGACAGCCCUCCCCUCGGGCUGUGGUGGCAAAGGAAUAAUGGGACAGGCAGGGCCUAGAGCAGCGCCUAGCUCUGCUUGACAUCGGAAUGUGAAAGCCUGCAUGUCUUGAGUAGGAAACCUAGCGGUCGCCUGGAUAGCGAAAUGAGGAGGAAUAAUUAAGGGGUGUGUGAUGUGGGUAGUGGAUGUACUGGUUGUUGAUUGUAAUGUUAUCUCGUGUGCUAAUGGUAUCUGACGAGAAAAUUGAAAACAUAGUGAAUUAUAUAUACUUCUGCUUGUCUA